AUGUAUUGCUUCUAUUUUUUCAAAUUGUGUCGGUACACAGCACCUGUGCCACACUUGGCUGUGUAUGCAGGCAUGUGCGAGUCCCAGUCCGCUACCUCUCCAGGACUUAUGACCCUGCCCAACAGUGCCGUGUGUCCUUCCCCAAUAAGUGUGGCCAUUGACAGCACCCCGGCCUCAGAGAGGAGAUUUGAUGGUGGGGCACCUGCCUCAUCUCACUUCCCAUCUAUCACUGAAAGCACAGAGGCAUCCGUGUCACAGGAGAGUCAUCCUCUUGCAUCCAAGUCUCGUGUAGCCCUGUCACUCAGCAGAAUCCUUCGGCGAGGAUGCAAUGCCCCAUCCAUGUUCGCCAGUCUCUCACCAAAAUGUGCUGUGACAGCAGGGGGAGGAAGAGUACAACCACUUGGAGUGGACCAACUUGCACAGCCCCAGCCCAAGAGGAUUGCCAAGUUAGUAAGACCCAACAAAUAAGACACACAGAAUUCACAUCUAUGAAAUAAGACAUUUUGGCCUGGUAGUUAAUCUCAUCAUCCCAUGCCAUUGGUACAGUUUUUUCC